AUGAGCAGCGUGACUGCGGACACGGUCGACGGAGCCCUGGCAGAGAUCGGAGAAGCGGCACACCUCGGCGCCGACUUGGUCGAGCUGCGACUGGAUUUUUUGACGGACAUUGAUUUGCUCGACCCAACACCAAUGCUGGAAAGGAUGCUAGGCGCCUGUGAGACCGCCCUGCUGCCAGCCCUCGUCACCUUCAGGCCCAUGUGGGAAGGGGGUCAAUACAGCGGGCCUGAUCUGCCAAGACUGGCAGUUCUGAAGGCUGCAGCGGGCGCCGGUGCUCAGUACAUUGAUGUGGAGCAUCUUGCAGCAGGCUCCUUCUUUUCCAGUGAGGGGGAAGUGCCUUCAAGCACAGCAGUGAUAAUUUCACACCACAAUUACAGCGAGACGCCCAGCGAUGAGGCUCUAGAGGCUCUGGUUGAAGACAUGUUUGACGAGGGCGCUGACAUUGCCAAGAUUGCCACAACUGCAAAGUGUGUUGAGGACUCUGCUCGCAUGCUCGCGCUUCCCGGCAAGGCCCCAGGUGGGUGGCUGGUGAUAGCACUGGCAAUGGGAGAGGCGGGCCUCCCAACGCGGCUGCUGGCGCCAAAAUUUGGCGGCUAUUUGAUAUUUGGCGCUCUGUCGGCUGAGGAAUCAAGCGCCACCGGGCAGUCGACGAUUGCCGAGCUGCGGCGGCUGUACAGAGUGCACAGCCAGACCGAAGACACCAAGGUGUUUGGGAUUGUGGACUCCCCGGCAGCGGCCGUCCGAGGCCCGCCGUGGUCGGCCGUGCUGCACAACGCGGCGCUGGCCGCAGCCGGCAUGGACACAAUCUAUGUGCCGCUGUGCGCAGAUGACCUGCGCUCCUGCCUGGACGCAUUCCCCUGCUUCAGCGGAUUCUGCCUCACCGCACCCCACCAGGUGCUGGCGGCUCUGGAGUGUGCGGACGAGGCCGACCGGUCGGCUGCGCGCAUCGGGGCGGCCGACACUCUGCAGCGCCAAACAGACGGCCGGCUGCAAGCCUACAACACUGAGUGGGCCGCUGCAGUGUCUGCUCUGGAGGCAGCCUUGGGAGGUGCCUGGUGCAAUGCAGGGAGUCCCCAGAAAGGGGAGUCAGCGCUGAGGGGGAAAUGCGUCGUUGUGGUGGGCGCGGGGGGCGCCGGCAGGGCCCUGGCAUUUGGAGUCGUCGAAAAAGGCGCCAGAGUCAUCGUCUGCGACAGGCAAGUCACUUCAUCUGCCUUACAACAGCAAAUGGCGGGCAUCCUUGCAAUAUCGCUGGGCAGCGGCGCUUCAGCCGUGAAGCAUGCUGACGUGGCAGCAGGCAGGGUGGCAGGGGACGUGCUCAUAAACAGCAUGCCCGCAUGCAUGGAAGAGAGUUUAGUCAGCGCAGCGGCUCUUAGCUGCUACAGAGUGGUCCUUGAUGCGACCUGCACUUCCCUGCAGACUCGUCUGCUCCGGGAGGCUCAGGAGCUGGGGUGUGCCACAGUGAGCGGGCUGGAGAUUUCAGUCACUCAGGCAGCGCAGCAGUUUGAGCUGCUGACUGGCGCACCGGCGCCUGUGGCGUUGAUGCGGCAGGCUACUUUGGAGCGCAUGCAUGCAACGAACAAUGCUUAA